ACACACUGCGCCAAAUUUUGUUGAGAAGCGUGAUGUUAAGGCAUGUGAUGGGAUUCAUGUGAAUAGUUUCACUGCGUCUAUUGUACGCGUGAUUGUCAAAGAUUUUCUCGGCGAAGAUCAGAAUGCCGAUACAUAG